AUGAAGGAUUUGUCUCUGUCCGUGCUGAGUCGAGGGUGCGGUCGAUUCGUCUCGUCCAACAGAAACACAGGGAGACAUGAUGGACGGCUGGAUGUCUGCUUCACACCGCAGGACUACUAUAUCUGGAAGUCCCAGGACUCUCUCCUGCGACUGUCCAACAGCGGACAUCUGCUUGUGGAAGAAGUGUCUGCUCUUCCAAAGACUUACAGCACUCGUAGAGGGCCACUUCUGCUGUACUCUCAGGACUUGGUUACUAUGGAAACCAGCGCUAACUCAGAGACCAGGGAUAGGAAGCAGCAGGUUGUUCGGGGGUACAGCCAACAAGUGGAACAGCAGCUGAGCAACCUUAAGGAGCUAACAGCAGCGAUUAUGAGCUACAGCAACACCCAGUUCAUUUCCUCCAAACUUGGCCCACUCUUCCUUCCUCCUAUUAAUCUCCCUCCUGCUCCAGACCUUCGACGUCCCAGUCCUCCACACCUUCAUACAACACACGAGCAGCCUAGUACAGAGCUGCUUGUGCAGUUAAAGCCUGAGUGGCUUCCUGCACAGAGAAAUGAUGAAGGUAAAAAAUGGCAAGACAGACAGAUGGAUAAAGAGGGGAAGCAGAGCAGCAGGAAGAGGGUCAGGUUGGAUCUGUUUCUCCAGAUGCCCUGCUCAUCCAGGAGUCCAAGUCCACAGAUGGACCCUCAGCCUUGGGUACACUAUGUAGCAACGACUCUUGAAGCACCAGAAGAACCUCAGCAACUGCAGACUGCAGUAGACCUGCAACUGCAGACUUCCGCAGACCUGAAUCUGGAGUAUACUGAAAGUUUACACCAUACUGAUAUUAACCACGACAGUACCCGAGGGGAGCUCCAUCAUCCAGUAGCAGAUGAUUGCGACUGUGCCAUUCAAGACAGUGGAAGGAACAGUGAUGAAGGCCGCUGUGAAACAGCGAUAAGUGGGAACAGACAAAGGAGGACAGGCUUCCUUCCUCCUCUGACAGUGGGACAAUCAGUCUGUGAUGAACUCUACUGGGAGAAGACAGACAGGCCGAGUUGGACAGGUCCCAGCAGAGAUGAGCAGUAUGCAGAGCGCCUACCUCCCAUAGCAGAGAGUCAUACUGUCACCGCCACCCAGGUGAUCCAGACUCCAACCCGGAAAGAUGUCGACCCAAAGGCAGAAAGACUUCGGUUUCAGCCCCAAGAAAAUCUGAACAGACUCCAUCAGCAGCCUCUAUUUCUUCCUCUGCUGUUUCCUGGUAUGGAGGAAAAGAUUAGCGGAAAGCAAAAAGGAGGAGAAGAAAAAACAGAGAGACAAAACUUUAAAAAAGCGCCAGGAGGGCGAGGUGAAGGAGGAAGGCUUUCCUCUGAGAAAGGCUCUGUGAUUAUGUUGCAGCCAGGAGAAGAGCCUCCUCCUCCAGUGGGAGUGUUGGGUUGUGUUGCAGGACGGAAAGGCCCGGGCAAGCAGAGCUCUUUGGCCUUCUUACAGAACCGACUGCUGGACCUCCAGGAUCCCUGUGACUCCAGCGAAGCUAACAGAGGAGUGGUUAGGGGCGUCCUGCCUCUGGAGCUCAGAGAUUUGCAGAACGGCAACUCUGUUGGCAGCCUGAUCCUGGGUCCUGAUGGGCAGAUCAUUCAGCUAUCGCUGUACGACAGCAGUCAGGAUGCAUCUCACGGUGAUGGUGACACACAGGAGCAAGCUCUCCAGGUUUUGUCUGCAGAAGGAGAGGAGUUACCCUGGGUCAUUGUGCUACAGCCUGAACACACGCAUACAGAGGGAGAUGUGGAGCUGAACAUAGAUAUUCCUGUGGGUGACAUCCAGCACCAUCAGUCAGUGAAGCUCCUAGAUCUUCACAGAUCUUCAUCAGCGGAGAUGAAUGCAUACUCACCGGGCAUCCACACAGACCCAGGUAAAGAUCCAGCAGCUGUGACCAAUGAAAAAACAAAGCAUGCACAAACAACUACAGAAACAUGGCAAAAGGAUGCUAAAAACAACAUUAGUUUGCCUCCACUGAGGGAGCAGGUAGGGAAGGAGGAGCCAAGGGGAGGCAACACUGAAGCAGAGGACGAGGACGAAGAGGGGGAGCUGGGCAACACAGGACGGAGUAGCUAUUUGUCUGGAUCACAUCAGCCAGGGUUGUUUGUCUGUUUUUCCUGGGAAAAACUACAAUUAAAAGAUGGUGUAUCAUGUAGCUGGCAGGACAUCAGCCUAAAUGAAGCAACAACAGAGCACGCUGCUGACCAAAGGCGACAGAAUACUAAGAGGAAGGAUGCUGAGGAAGCUGUGACCACCACAAGGAAAAGGGAGAUUAAAAUGGUGAAAAGUGCAGAGUCAGAUGGGCAGAAGACAUCGGCGACAAGGAGGGAAGAGAGAUGGCGGAGGCAAAAUGCAGGAAAUGAUGCUCCAUCAAUCGGGCACCAGAAACAGAAAGAGAGGAGCAACAGAGAAGCAGCAGAGACUCGGGAUCAUUCUCCUCUCCCUUCUGUGAAAAAGAAGAUGCCAGAAAGAGAAGGAGAGAGUGGAGAAGUAAAGAUGUUUGAGGAGAGAAAAGAGCGAGGAGAAGCGAUGAAGAAGAAGGAAAAUUCUGCUGGGAGGAAGAGGAGGAGGAGAGGAGGGCUGAAACACAAAGAGAUAGUUGUUGGUAAGGACAACGACCCCCUAAAGAAAGAGGAGGUGAAAAUCAGCAAGGAAAUAGAAAAGGAGUCUCACCUAAAAUCUGCCAAAAGUCCCUCUGCAACACAAAGACACAAUAACAAUACAAAGGCAAAUUCAGAAGAGGACGUGGACACAGAGCAUCUUUCCUCCAACACUGACAAACACAGCAGCGUCCGAUCCGUGAGCUCGCUCAGGUCCGCCGCCACUUCAUUCAACCAGAGGAGCUCCAGGAGGUCUGCAGCCUCCUCUUACUGUGAGGGGACAGUGCCGGCCAGCGCCAUGGGUCUCACAUCAUCACAUGGCCGCCUGUCAUCAUGUUCAACUGUCAUGGUGACGGAGGAACAGCUGAUGCUGAACCCUGUGAAGCCAGAGUCCACCAGGCCCAAAAAGAGUCAGGAAGAGGAGCAGGAAGAGGCUGCAGCUCUGCGUCUGGCCCAGCGAGCAGAGAGACGGAGGCAGGAGGUAGAGAGGAAGAGGAGGGAGCGGGAGGAAGAGGAGAGGAAGCAGCAGGAGCGGGAGCAAAUAGAGGAGAGGAUGAAGAACGAGCUGGAGGAGGAGAGGAGGAAGAGAGCUGAGGAGCUCAGACUGAAGAAGCUGGCGGAGGAGGAGCAGAGGGGGAAGCGCGAGGAAGAAAAGCAGGAGCAAGCAAAACGGGAAGAGGCACAAAGAGAAAGAGAGAGGAGGCGGCAGGAGGAGAGGAGGCGGCAGAUGGAGCGAUUCCAGAAGAUGAGGGAGGAGGAGGAACAGAGGAGGAAAGCUGAAAUAGAGCGUCUGCGCCUGGAAGAGGAGAGGAGGCAGGAGGAGGAGAGCAAGAAGCUACAGGAAAUGGAUGAGGAUGAGAGGAUGGAGUACCUCUGUAGGAAGGAGCAAGAGGAGAAGAACAGAAGGAGCAUAGAAGAGGAGCGUAAGAAGAGAGAAGAGGAGGCCGCUGUAAGGGCCGCAGAGGAGGCCAGGCUGCAGGCGGAGCUGCUCACCAGACAGAUGGCGCUGUUGCAGCGGCAGUUGGCCUUUAAAAGGGGUCUCGCGUUUGAGGCUGAAGGUCUUGAGAAAACCCAGGGUAUCUCCAGACCGUGGAUCUACUCUUAUUUCACUUUGUUACAGCUACUGGGUCUAAAUCCAGCUAAAGCUGAGACCACAACCCCUGACCUUUAA